CGCAAUUCGUCGUUCACACAUGCAACUGCUAUUAGUGUUUUUUGUCUCGUGCUUAUUUUCCAUAAUUGUUGCAUAGUCCAUUUUUUCAAUCAAAUCAUCCAGUGGUUAUCUGACUACCAAAGAUAGUGGAAGCUUUUUUUCGUACAAGGACUGCUUUAUUAUUAGAAUCCGAGUAUUAGAAACUUGAACCAUUUAGCGAGCAGAUCUCAUGAGUUCUUUUUUUGUGAAUGAUAAUUUUUAAAAAAAAUUGUUCGGGGGUAGUGAUAUUAAAUGGAAAAAUACAUACUUGGCUGUCAAUGUCGUCACAAGUAACUCUGCUAAACUAUAUGAUGAAAAAUGGGUGGAAUUUUUAAAUCAAAUAAAGUUAAGAACUUCACCAAAGUUGAGUUCAAAGCAAAUUGAUGAAAUUAAUAGUGGAGAUUCAAUUUCUGAAAAAACUCUAAGAGAUUACAAACAAAGAAUGAGAGAAUUGAAAUGUGGUUAUGGUAUUAUUGUAAAAUCGAUGUUUGAAUAUAUUGAAAUACUUAUUGAACAACUUAUUGAAAAUCUUGAAUUCAAAAACAAAAUUGUGGCGGUUGUAAAUAAAUUUAAUAGUUAUCUUGGUAAAAUUUUUUCAGCGUUGAUCGUUGCUAACGAUAACACAGCUUCAUGGAUGUGGGAAUUUUUUAUGAUGUUAAACAUAAUUAAAUUUACUGAUUUUGAUCGUUUGGUUUCAAAUAUUAGUGAAUUUAAAGUUUUAAAAUUUCAGAUAGAUGAGUUUGCAAAUACUUGCAGCUGUUUUAAUAUUGAAAUUCCCCAAAUAAAAUCAUCGCUAUUAAAUAAUAUAAAUGAAAUCCUAAAGCCAACAGUAUUACAUUUACAGUUAUCAAAUAAAGACAAAAGAUGGUCUUAUAUAUAUCAAUACGCCAAUGAAUUUGAGAUUACCAAAAUUAUAGUGAUAAAUUUUCUAUUGGAUUCCAAGUUUCAAAAUUCACAACAAAAAUUCAUUAAAGAUAUCAAUAAUAGUUUUUUUUAUAUUUCAAAAACUCCCAUAAGUGAUUUAUUCACAUAUCCGAUCAUUAAUGUUGUGAAUCAUCAUAAUAUGAUAGCUGACCUGAUAAAAACUUCUGUUGCCCACCAUGUAUGGAUGCAUUUGGAAAUGUACAAAUUAAACGAAUGGAAAAAUGACUCAUUUUUGUUUGCAAUUCAAAUUCCGUUAGAAAAAGCUGUCAAAUUUUUGGAUUGUUACAGUGAUGAGUUUUAUUUUGAUUUACUUAAUAAAUUAAAUAAAAACAAUUUUUCUUUAACUCCUAUUGAGAAAAUUGUUGAUGAAGCUAAAAAAAAUUUCUGCAAAAAUUUUUUUUCAUUAAAGAUAGAAAGUAGUACUGAUGAAAACGUUCGACGAAUAGAAUUAAGAUCAGUGGAGAAUUUCAUCAAUGCUAAAGAUAAACAUCACGCAAAUAAUUUGAAUAACUACAUUGAUUUCUUAGAAAAAGAUUUAGGUUCAUUUAUUUUCGUUAUAUUCAAUUUUGUUAAACAAAGCAUGAAUGAGAGCUGGAAUUAAAAGUAGAGACGAGUAUAUUUGAAAAAUAUUAUAAUUUAUAUCGUUCGAAGUAUGUUUUAUAAAUUGUGAAAAAUGUAAAUAGAUUUAAGAAUACUUUCUUUCUAUAAAAACCCUGCAGAUGUAUUUGAUAUUAUUUAUCUAUUAUUAUUUAUUUGAAGAAUAAAAAAAUAUACCAUAUUAUUGAUAUACCACCAUUGUUGAAAUUUAUC